AUGCUCGGCACCUGUAUCUUCAAAGAUAUCUACUUGGAAACUCCAGAAUUUCUGAAAUACUCCCUACAUACUUGUGCCAUAAUUUCCGCCCCAAUUUCUUUUCUUGGAUUCUACAUAAUCCUGUUUAAGACUCCAGAUCUUAUGAAAUCUGCAAAAUCGUACAUUUUGAAUGUGCACCUAUCGAUUGUGCUAUUCGAUUUUUGUAUUGGUUUUUUGGCCACACCAUUUCUCUUAUUUCCGGCGAUGGCUGGAUUUCCAUUAGGCUUAUUUCAAUAUUUUGGGGUUCCUAUAAUAUUUCAAACUAUUAUUGCAUUCUUUUUUCUAGGAUUUGCCUCGUUCGCAAUAAUGUCACUUUUCGAGAGUCGAUUUUUCAUAAUCUGUGAAUUUCCUGGAAAAAAAUAUUGGAAGUUUUGGAGGCAUAUAUGGUUCUAUGGACAUUAUAUAUUUCAUAGUCUUGCAAUGUUUUCCCUAUACUUUACAGUUCCUGAACAAGAAACUGCAGUGAGAAAUUUGAAAGAGAGUCUUCCAUGUCUUCCGGAUCGCAUCAAAUCUGGCCCGAUAUUUGUGCUCAAUGACGAAAUUGGGUUUCAUGUGUUUAUAAUGAUAUCAACUAUUUUUAUUGUAACCAUAGAAGUUUGUCUAUUAUUCUAUUUCCUUGUAACCGACAUAUCGAAAAAAUUGAAAAACAGUAACCUGUCCCAAAAAACCGUGCAAGCUCAAAAACUAUUUCUAACGGCCUUAUUCCUACAAAUUGCUGUACCCCUGACCACUAUCGUUGUUCCAUUGAUUUAUAUUUUUUCUUCAAUUAUCGUUAAUUACUAUAACCAAACAUUCACAAAUUUCGCUAUGAUUAUGGGCUCCACUCACGGAUUCAUGUCCUCAAUUGUCAUGAUUAUGGUGCAUCGACCAUAUCGGGAAGCAUUCAUGGCUAUGAUUGGGAAAACAAAGAAAAUUGUGUUGCCGGUGGUUUCCAUGAAAACGACUAGCGUUUAUGAAAUCCCAUGUCUUCCGGAAAGUUUCAAAUCGGCUCCAAUUUUUGUGCUCGCUGACGAAAUAGGGUUUCAAGUAGUUCUGAUGAUAACUGCUACUGCUAUCUUUAUAAAAGAGUUCAGUCUAUUACACACAUCAUGA